ACCGGGGAGAAUAAGGUCAACACGAUCAACGGGCCCGGGUGCCCGUCUGCCAAAAAAAUCAACAAAUCGUACGGUGCUAAUUUGGCUACUACUCUACGAAUAAUUACAGAAGUUCGUCACCAAAAUAGCGAUAGAAAACAGUGCCCAACCGUAUUCGCAACAGAGCGAGCAGAGAGACACAGAGAGAGAGAGAGAAGCCAAAAUCUGAUCGAGGUUGACAGGUGCAUUGGAGUUUGGCUGAUCAGUCUCUCAAGUGUAAAAAUGGGUCGGAAACCCAAAGCAGCGAAGAUUGCCGAAGCAGCCAGUGCGGACAUGCCCCAAAACUUGAAUCCUUUUGUGGAGAAAGUUGCACCUGAGCUUAAAAUGCAAACAGAAUCUGUUGGCUUAUCCUCGAAGAAAAAAACAUUUGCAAACAGUAGGCGAUCUGAACGUCUUAAGAAUGUAGCCCAACCCACUCAAAACCAAGAGAUAGAGCCUGUGAUCGAGGAGGUAAAUCUCUGUGAAAGUGAGAAAGAAGAUGAGAAAGAAGAGGAGCAUGAGCCACAUGUUGAGGAAAAUCCACCAGAGUCAAUGCCGGCUGAAAGGAGAUUGGAAGAGAAAAUUGAUUACCUUGUUCAAGCUGUAGAAGCAUUGCAGUCUAAGGCACCCAAGAGACACUUCCAAAGUGACAGCUUUUCUGCUGAUCUCAACUACAAAAGCUUGUAUAUUGACUCACAAAAGAAGAUUGAAGCCUUAAAAAAUGAAAAUUUUGAGCUCUCUAAGAAGCUGGAUUUUGCUCUUGGGAAAAUCGAAGCGUAUGGGGAUUCAAGUCGUGUUUCUUCGGAGGUGCUGGGAAAAUUAAACGAUAUGAUCUUGGUCUCAAAUCUGGUGAUAGCUAAUAACGGUGAACCAAACAACACUGCUGAUCUCAAAACUUCUGCGGCUAAGAAAAAGAAACGCGCUAAAGAGUGAACUUAAAACUUCUGUUGAACUUAAAAACUAAAAUUAGUUGUGAAGGUGUCUUCAUUAAAACUUAAAAUAGUUUUACUUGCCCGUAUGAUAUCAAUUUGUUCUGAGCUUGAUUAUGAGUUUCUUAAA